AUGAUUUACAAAAAUAUAAAGAAUUAAUAACUGAAAAUGUUGACAAAAAAAUUAUUCAAUAUAUAGUUUUUCAAUAUGAAUAUACUAAAACAAGUAAAAAACAUAUUCAAGGAUUUGGUAUGUUGUGGACGCAAUUGAGAUUGGGAAAUUAUAAAUAUGGUAAAAAAACUUCAACAAUUAAAAGUAUUUUUCAAAACGAAGAAAUGCAUGUUGAUUAUCAUAAUAGAACAUUUGACGAUGCAAUUAGAUAUUGUAAGAAAGAUAGAAAUCAAUGUUCAAAACAUCAUCCUUAUUGCAGAUGUGAUUUUUUUGAUUUAACAAAAAUAUGUGAUAAAUGUAACGAAAAUUGUUUGGAAUUUCGAACGUUUGCACGCAUUGAUGAUAAUUCCGGACCCUUUGAAUUUGGAGAAUUGCCAAUGAGUCAUAAUGCUGAAGGUUUUAAUCAACAUUUAGAAGAACAAAAAAAAAUAUGUAAACAAACAAUUGAAGAUAUCAAAGAACAAAUCAAACCGAUAAAUGAAAUUGUUAUAGAUGCUUUUGUUAAUUCAGGAACAGCACCGCAUAUUAUCAAAAAAACUUUACAACACGAUUCAACUGGAAAGGAUUACUUGACACAAAUACUUUUUCCUGACGCAUAUCAUAAGUCGCAAAAUGACGGAAUAUGGUUCAAAGGAUAUGACGAAAACAAAGUUUUCGUGUUUGAUGAUUUUUAUUGUCACAAUAUGGAGUUCUCGACUCUGUUGAUAUUAAUCGAUAAUAAACCACAUACUGUGCAGAAAAAAGGCAGGCAUCUGAACUUUUGUUCAUUUGUAAAUAUAUUCACAUCAAAUACAUCUUUGCGAAAUCAAUAUGUCUAUUUCGAAGAUACCCCAUAUUUUGGAAAUGAGACUGUUAAAAUAAAAAACAAAAGAAAAUAUUCUUCAAUUUAUAAUCGAUUUGACUAUAUUAUUGAAUACAAAAAGUUUAGAAAUGAUGAUGUAUGCUCUUGUGUAUUUGAGUGUCUUUGUUGUUCAGUAAAAAGAAUUUUUCAUAAGGGCACAUAUGAAAAUUUUGGCAAUCUUCGAUUUGGCAUCGAAUUCAAUUCCGAUGUUACUUUUGAACAAAUUGCUUAUAUAAUCGGGGAUCAUAAUACAAUUGAAGAAAGUUAUAAAGAAGGAAAAAUUGAUUAUAUAAUUGAAGAUUUAAAUAAUGACGAAAAAUACGAUUCAGAUACAUCAAUAUCUUCAUUGUCUUCUAACGAUUCUGAAACAACAAGACGUAGAAAAAAAAGAAAAACUGUUUUGUAA